UUGAUACCAUUUAUUUCCAAAAAAUGUUUGUAUUGGCACUGUGGUAAAAUAAGUCUGUAUUGGCACUACUGUGGUAAAAAUCCGGGUAAGUGGUUAUGGGGGAGGUGGCAGGUGAUGGCACUGAACUUGGCUCUAUGUGGCACUCCCGGGGGUGGAUUGAGGCGUUACCAGACCCUCAGUUUCUACCAUUUAUGUCCUCGUAACCAGUGCCACGGGGAAGGGCUGGCGCCCCCAGUAGAGACCUGGGGGGGUUAGGGGGAAGGAAGAGCAUAGAGCAACAGAACAGAUAGAGCAAGGUACGGCUAGUGUUGGAAGGGCAAGCAGAUUUUGUAAAGGCAGGGUAAAAAUCUGGCAAAAUCUGGCAGGGCAGGUCUUGUAAUGGCACGACAGUCGCUGUUUGCUGUGCCCACUGUACCUCAGUCGUUGUUGUUGGUGUGGCUGGUGGUGGGGUGUAUUAGAGAGAGAGAGAGAGAGAGAGAGAGAGAGAGAGCAGCCUCACCAACCUUUCACAAGAUCUGAAGCCAAAGAUAAAACGUGUUUUUUAGAUAAGAUUCACCUGACAGAUCAGCAUGAAAUACUCAUCGACUUGACUGAGUGACACAGUUGUUGCCUGGGCCUCAGGAGCAGCAGGAUGGAGACUCCAAGGAAUUGAGGAGGAGGCCAAAAACGGGAAGGGAAGAGGACAAAGAACAAGAAUAUGGGGAGAGGAGGAGACGAAAAACAAGAAUAAGAGAAGGGAAAGGAGGCCAGAAAUAAGAGGAGUGGGAGAUCUAUCUACCCGGAGUUUACUUGGAGGGUGUUCCGGGGGUCAAAGCCUCCCAGGCUUGCUGGUCCAGGACCAAGCUUCCCGGUGGAUUAGGACUUGAUCAACCAAGCUGUUAAUGCUGGCCGCACGCAGUCGAACUCACGAACCACAGCCAGUCUGGUCAAGUACUGACUUUAGCAAUCUUUCCAGCUCCCUCUUGAAGACAGUCAGGGGUCUAUUAGGUAAUCCCUCCUUAUGUAUGAUGGGUGGCUGUUGAGCAAUCUUGGGCCUCUGACACUUAAUGUGUUUUUCAUUGUGGGUAGUAUGUUGCAUCGUCUGCCGGGUCUUUUGCUUUCGUAGGGAGUGAUUUCUUUGUGAAGAUUUGGAACCAUUUCCUCUAGGAUUUUCCAAGUGUAAAUUAUACCUUUGAUAUACCUUUACCUUUAGUAUAUCAAAGGUAUAAUUUACACUUGGAAAAUCCGAGAGGAACUGUACAUUAUGGUGUAUCUUUCUCGCCUGUGUUCCAAGGAGUACGGGUCAAGAGACUUCAAACGUUCCCAGUAAUUAAGGUUAAGGUGCUUUAGUGAAGUUAUACGUGCAUUGAAGGUCCUCUGUACAUUCUCUAGACCUUCAGUUUCUCUCGCCCUGAAAGGGGCUGUUAAUGUACAGCAGUUUGUAGCCUAGAGAGAACAAGUGACGUAAAGAGGAUCAUCAUUGGAGGAGGAGGAGACCAGAAUAAGAGGAGAUGGAGGAUGAGACCAAAAAAAGAGGAGGAGGAGAUCAAAGAGGAGGAGGAGAAGGAGACCAAAAAGAAGAGAAGAAGGAGACCAAAAAGAAGAGGAGACCAAACAGAAGAGGAGGAGACCAAGAAGAAGAGACCAAAAAGAAGAGAAGGAGACCCAAAAGAAGAGAAGACCAAAAUAACAGGAGACCAAAAAGAAGAGAAGGAGACUAAAAAGAAGAGGAGACCAAAGAGAAGAGGAGACCAAAGAGAAGAGGAGACCAAAAAGAAGAGAAGACCAAAAAGAAGAGGAGACCAAAAAGAAGAGGAGCAGGAGACCAAAAAGGAGACCCAAAAGAGAAGAAGAACAAAAAGAAGAGAAGGAGACCAAAAGAAUAGGAGACCAAAAAGAAGAAAGAGACCAAAAAGAAGAGAAGGAGACCAAAAAGAAGAGAAAGAGACCAAAAAGAAGAGAAAGAGACCAAAAAGAAGAGAAAUAAACCAAAAAGAAGAGGAGACCAAAAAGAAGAGGAGACCAAAAAGAAGAGAAGGAGACCAAAAAGAAGAGAAGGAGACCAAAAAGAAGAGAAAGAGACCAAAAAUAAGAGACCAAAAAGAAGAGAAUGAGACCAAAAAGAAGAGAAUGAGACCAAAAAGAAGAGGAGACCAAAGCGAAGAGGAGGAGGAGACCAAAAAGAAGAGGAGAAGGAGACCAAAAAGAAGAGGAGAAGGAGACCAAAAAGAAGAGGAGAAGGAGACCAAAAAGAAGAGAAGGAGACUAAAAAGAAGAGGAGACCAAAGAGAAGAGAAGGAGACCAAAGAGAAGAGGAGACCAAAAAGAAGAGAAGGAGACCCAAAAGAAGAGACCAAAAAGGAGACCAAAAAAGAGAAGACCAAA